AUGAAUUCAAAUCCUACCCAUAUUGCGCUGAACUCUCUGGAUCAUCAUCCUCCCCCAGUUUAUGCGAAUUUCGUUCUAUAUCUACGCCUUAAACCUGAUGCUAGCCCCAAGAAGGUCUUUAGUGUCCUUCAAGGAGGAUUAAAGAGGGUCUUCACCCAGUUACCUUGGCUCGGCGGCAAGGUCCAUAGUAGUUCGAGCACCAGCCACGGCGGCCUAGAGAUACGAUACGAUACAGAUGGAGAUAUACAUCAAUUAUCUCAAUUCAAAUUCAAAGAAUUAGAUUCUGACUUGACAUAUGAUGACUUGAAGGAAACUGCAUUUCACCCAUCCACUGUCGAGGACCAGACUUUGACCUGGGCGCCGUUCUUCGCUGAUAUCGACCAUGACCCUGAGGUUUUUGUGGCACAGGCCAACUUCAUACCUGGGGUAUGUAUCCUGACAGCGGCUAUACUUCAUGUAGUCUCUGACGGAACGGCCCUAAAUAACGUAUUCAAAAUUUGGGCGGAGAAUUGCUACGACUUACAACUUGGGAAUAUGCCACGGAAAUAUCCACAGGAAAUAUCAGACCAUAACUUAGUAGAGCUGAUCUGGUCUAAGGAAAUAAUUAAAAAUAGAGCACAGCAAGUCCCGACGGAGACUUGGCGGCUGCUUGGCCUUGAUGCACCUCCAAAUCACAACCCGCAGAGAACGACAGAGGAACACAGAGACACUCAGCUUGCUUCAGCACCUGGACCUAUCAGCUCAAUGGGAGAAAUGAAGGCCUGCAUAUUCUACCUGCCGCCUAAAAAUAUCAAGGAUUUGCAAGAUGAAUGCGCUGAGGAGCCUGGCACAGCUGAUGUGUCAUUGAACGAUGUUAUCUGCGCGUUAAUCUGGCGUUGUCUUCUCAGGGCAAGAAAAAGAGGAACCGAGGUAGCCUUAGAUGCACAAGUGCGUCUAGACUUGCCAUUCGAUGCUCGCCCUUACUUCCCAGAAUUGAUGCCAUCUAAUUAUCUAGGAAACUUCACCAUGAUCAACCAAGCCCUUACCCCCCUAUCAUCAUUAGUAGGAUCUACAAGUAUAGGGUCAAUAGCACGCGUACUCCGCGAAGUAGCAGGAGAGGCCACACCGUCCAGAAUUAUGGAUGCUUAUACUAUGAUUAAGACAUUAGUGAAAGACAGUCAUAAGUUGGAAAAUCUAAAGGUGGACGGCAACGGGUUGAUGAUCACCUCAUUUAUUGCCUUUGACAUUGCAGAUGUCAAUUUUGGUGAAGAAGUAUUUGGGAAUGGUGGAAGGCCUGAAACGGUGCGCCCGCUGAUGGGCCCGAUUACCCAGUCUUUCCGAUACUGUGCUAUUUUACCAAGAAAACAGCACGGGGGCGUGGAGUUUUUGGCUAACUUGUUUGAUGAUGAGUUAGACUCCCUGCUGGGAGAUGAAGAAUUUAUCAAAUUUGCGAUGUUUGUCGCAUAA